GGGAGGAGUGCUGCGCCGCUGGAGAUCUGAGGUGACAGACAAUCGGAUGUAUCUGACUGCAAUUACGACCUGUCCUGUAUGUAAUUAAGUGGUGACAUGCACACGCUGGUCGCCAUAGCCGGUCUUCUUCUUGUGACGGGAGCUACUGUCUUCCCGCGAACACAACGCACCCUGAUAACCAAUGUAUACAAGCUAUCUCUCCGGUCCGAUGCAGGGAAAAUGAGGAUGCGUCGGUGCAGCCAAAAUGACGGCGGGCGCAUUGUGUUAGGGGGAAGACGCUAGCAGCUCGUGCCUGGGAGGAUGGCUGUGUGGGUGUAGCGGCUAGCAAGCCACAACUGAGCUUGCUUGUAUAACAGGUCGUUCUCCUUCGGAGAGCGAUCCUGCAGUCGUUGCUGAAGUUGAAUUGGUGAGUGGAGGACGAUCAGGCAGGCAUAGCUGAUCUUGUAUCUUAGAUAGGAGGAGGAGGAGGAGGAGGAGGGGGAGAAGCGGGAGCCAUGGCGGGAGGUACAACGUCGGACGGGAUCCUGGCCAAGCCUCAUGACUCGCUGGAGUUCUCGCUGCCGCUUUUCAUCAUCCAGCUCACCAUCGUACUGGCACUGACGCGUUUCUUGGCCUUGUUACUGCGCCCGCUCAGGCAGCCACGUGUCAUCGCCGAGGUCAUCGGUGGAAUCUUAUUGGGACCUACGGCGCUUGGGAACAUCGAUGGCUUCACAGCUAAACUGUUUAAUAAAGAUUCCUUGAAGCGGCUCGACCUGGUUGCGAAUUUUGGACUUACGUUCUUCUUGUUCAUGGUGGGGCUGGAGUUGGACCCAGACGCUCUAAAAGCAUCCGGCACAAUAACUACCGCCAUAUCCAUUGCGGGAAUGUUUUUUCCAUUUGUGCUUGGAAUCGGAGUGUCGUUUUUCUUAUACAAUGAUACCGAUACAAUGGAAGGGCUUAAGGACGCUAACAGCAAGAUAGGCUUUGGUCCCUUUCUGGUAUUUAUGGGGGUGGCCAUGGCGAUCACCGCGUUCCCAGUCCUCGCUCGUAUUUUGGCUGAGUUCAAGCUGCUCACAACAGAGAUUGGAGGGUUAGCGAUGUCCGCAGCUGCGGUUGACGACAUCAUGGCAUGGGUUCUUCUUGCGCUCGCCGUCGCCCUCGCGAACGCGCACGGGUCAAAUCCUGUGGUUGCUUUGUAUGACCUGCUCAUGGGAGUGGGGUUUGUCAUCGUGAUGUUUGUGGCCGUUAGGCCGCUUGUGAAGAAAUUCGUCCAGAAGGUGACAACGGACGACCACAUCCCAGAGUACCUUGUCACCUUGUCGUUCAUUGGCUGCCUUUUAUCAGGAUUUCUUACAGACCUGAUGGGCAUCCAUGUGAUUUUUGGAGCGUUCUUGUUCGGCCUAAUUCUACCCAAGGAGGGGAAUUUUGCGCAUUCACUGAUAUCAAAGCUGGAAGAUUUUGUUGGCACGCUUUUGCUUCCACUCUAUUUUGUGAGUUCGGGACUCAAAACAGAAGUGGCAUCAGUAAACAGCAUCAAAUUGUUUGGGGUUCUGGUUCUUGUUAUUGCAACGGCGACGGCUGGCAAGGUGUGUGGUGUAUAUUUUGCGGCCAGGUUGUCAAAGCUACCUCCCAGGAAGGCUCUCACCUUCGGCGUGUUGAUGAACACCAAAGGGCUUGUUGAGCUCAUCGUGCUCAACAUUGGAUACGAAAAGAAUGUGAUUGGCAAAACACUUUUCACAAUCAUGGUUCUCAUGGCACUUUUUACGACUUUCGUCACGUCCCCCAUCGUUGCGUAUCUGACAAAGCGUGACCAACCUGUUUCAUAUGAUGCACGGACAAUCGCUAGUUACGAAGCAGCAGAUGAUGCAUCAGAUUUGAGAUUGUUCAUGUGCGCUCAUGGUCUACGUAAUAUUCCGGCGCUCGCGCAUUUGUCAGACCUGUCGAAAGGGCGCAGUGGGGGGCGGAAGAAAAAGGGAUUGCGUGUGUAUCUUCUGCACUUGGUGGAGUACACAGAGAGAUCUUCGUCACUUAUGCUUGUUGCAAAGGCGAGGAAAGGCGGAAAGCCGACUGUGAGCAAGAAAAUACCGGGGAUCGAUGAUGUUGGAUCCAUGUUCCAGACAUACGGGAGAUUAGCGAAGGUGAAUGUGAAGACAAUGAUGGUCGUCUCGGGCACGAGCGAUAUGCAUGAGGAUAUCUGUUCCACCGCUGUGGACAAGAAAGCAAACAUGGUUGUUCUUCCCUUCCACAAGUACCUAGGCGCUGACGGGUCUGUCGACGCCAAUCUUGUGGGAUUCCAUCGCGUGAAUCUUCGGGUCCUGAGGCACGCACCCUGCUCGGUUGGAAUCCUGAUUGACCGUGGGUUUGGAGGAUCGGCCAAUGUGCCAUCGAGCGAGACUUCGUAUGAUAUCCUUCUCUUAUUUUUCGGCGGUCCAGACGACCGCGAGGCGCUCGCUUAUGCGAGCCGAAUGCUCGGCCACCCCAACGUGAACUUGCGUGUUGUUCGCUUCAAGGCAUUGACUCCAAAGGAUGUCACAGUGCAUGUGGGUGUAGAGGUGUCCGGGCAGCAUUCACAGCGGCACUCCCGCUUCCACUGGCCUGGGGGCAGUGCUCAUCACCGCCAGCCUCAAGAGAUAUCGGCGAAGGAGAAGGAGAUUGCUCUCGAGGAGAGCAAGCGCUACGCUGCUGCCGAGGCAUCACAGGACGAGGUUGCACUCGAAAUGCUGAGGACAAAGAUAUCUUCUCCGGCAGAUGAGAAGAGCUCUCAACAAGCCACCCAGCCUUCCCCACAGUGCACUAUCGAAGAGGUGCAAACCGAUGAUGUUAUCCAAGCGGCAGUUCGCGCUGCCAGUGUGCGGAAUAUUGACCUCAUUGUUGUGGGGCGCGGGCGCAGACCAGCACCUAUUGUUGCCAGCGUUCCAGUUCAGGACCACGCCAACCGUGUGGAUUCUCACGAACUCGGAGUCAUCGGUGAUGCGCUGGUGGCCACUGACACGGUUGUCAAGGCAUCAAUCCUGAUUAUUCAGCAGCAUGACGCCGAUCUAGUCGGAGUCCCGACAGGGCAGUCAUCAAGGUUUCCAGUUACGACAGCAGCUUUGACUCAGUCGGGGCGAAAGGCGAGAGACAUAAGCAAAAACGGCAAGGGUCAAGAAGCAAAAGACAUCGAAGGGAAACAUGUUGACAAGCAGGGGCCAUGAUCAGAAAGGGUUUUCUUGGUCGCUUGUGUCGUCCAUCCAGCCCUGCAAUCCCAGGGCAUGAGUGGAUGGCAUAUCUGAUUCACCGUAACUCACAGAGAACUGCUUUGUGGGAGAGGGUGCUGCUUUGUGCGGUGGAAACACAUCCACGAAGGCAAAUGCCGAAAGUGUUUGGCCAUACGUGCAGCAGGUUGGAUGUCGUGAGUUUAAGAGAGAGAGAGUGUGUGACCACUGCAACCAUGCCGGGGUGUGUUGGAUGUCACAACGGCCCAACGGGUAUGGGUCCGCUUGUGAAUCAUGGUUCCUGUGUCUAAGUAAGACAUCCGAAACGUUCUGGCAGAGAUGGCCAGCUCGAUACCCUGUAUGGGUGUGGUGGAUCGAAGGAGGAAGGUACUUCUUACCUGCUUGAUAUGACAUGAACAGUGUUGAAAUGAACCUCGACAGUUCACGACUGUACGCUUCAAGAUGGCAAGAUGGCUGAUCAUCAUUCUGUGUUCUGUAAUGGCCACUGCACCGAACUGUCAAAAGCUUCUGCAUCAUACUGCAUGCGCCGUGGUCUUUCACAAACGCCCCUGGGAAGGAAGAUUUGUGCACAGCGGUGAUGGUGGAGGUGGUCUGGAUCCCGACUUGUUAUGCAAAGGCGGCCUUAAACGAAGGGAGGUUGUACUGUAACAAAAAUCUCCCUGGGGGUCAACAGCUUUCACCCUUGUCUCAUAUUUAUGGUGAUGGAGGGAGUGUUGCCGUUGCUCGGGCAUGAUAAGGUUUCAGUAACAACUGGUAAAAAAAAAAAAAAAAAAAAAAAAAGAAGGGGUUCUUGAGACAACUGGUGCUAGCUGUGCAAGUUGUCAAAGUUGGAGUGGAGUAACACAGCUAGCUGUACACUUUUGGAACUAGUUGUGUUAUUUUUUGCUCUUCUUCCCCCAAACAUAACGCACCCUGAAAAUGAACGUACAGAAGCUAUGUUUCUGGCACAAUACAGUAAAAAUGAGGGUGCGUUGUGUUCCCGGGAAGACCGCAGUUACAUGGAAUAUCGUGAGACUUUCUUUGUCGUUAAGAAAAAAAAGAAAAAAAAAGGGUAUGUAGUGUGAACGAAUGGAAGGUAAUAGAGAAAGAUUGGUGCAUGGGAUUCUGCAGUGGAUUGCCUGCUGCUCUUCACCGGUUCGCCAGUUGUAGCAGCUAGAAGAAGAGAGCGGCAAAUGCUUCAUUGACAUUGGGGAUGCGAACGCCGAAUGGAUGCCGGCGUCCACAGCAUUGUUGUCGUGAGGGAAAUGAUUUAUGCCGAGGGAGCCUCAGGGAGGGGAGAAGGCAAAUGGCUUAUGCCGAGGGAGGGGAAAGUGAGGUAGUCGUUGCUGUAAGAAGCAGUGCAGCCACCUUCAAGGAGUGGCAACGGUAAAUGGCAUUUGCUACUGCCUCUGUGAGGCCUACUCACGCUAGCACUCUCCUAAAUGCAUCUCGCCGCAAUUGCGGCCAGAGCUGGAUGCAUCCGACUGCAACAACUUCCAAAGCUCAGGUGAAAAAGUCCUACUGUGAAUAUGCGCUGAGUGCAACAAUGGACCACACUUAUCUGGGCCUUUUUUUCUUUUUUUUUUUCUUUUUUUUGGGACAAGUGCUCCAGUCUAUUCGUGGGGAGCAACAUGUGCUGGGAACCGGGCCCAGCAUCCCAUACACUUAUCUGGGCCUAUAUCGAGUAAGGGAAGAGUUUCUGGUCCUAUGACAAGAGAGGGGCAUCUGAGCCUCCACCGAGGGAGGGUGGGUCCAUGCCAAAGGAGGGCUCUCCUCCAGUAUUGGCCCAUACUGGCGCAUACAUCAGCCGCUGGCCCCUCACAUUAAUGCACCGCGACUUUCGGGGCUGAGCGGCAGUGGAUAAACCUCAACAAUGGCCUUUGUCGCAUAAUGAAAAGACCCGGUGAGGGGCCCGGGGUUGAUUUAUGGGCCAAGUACAGCCUUGCAAGAUUUCUUCAUGCCUCAGUCCAAACAUUU